AUGUCGAAAAUUUACAAGUUUAAGAAUCAAAAUUCUCAGUCAAUGAAAAAACGGCUGGCUAGACUCAUGAAAAAACGGUCUAAAAGAAAUGAUAAUCCAUCAUUACAACAAUAUGUGAGAAUAAUUCGCUUUCCCCAACCUGGGAGCUCAUCCAAAUCACCUACUGGUCAAACUCAAAAGAUGCCUGAAAAUGAGCUUCAAAAUCAACAAACGGAAACAAAUCAGGGUCAAGCAAUUGAUGAUAAUCAACCGGAAGAUAUCGAAGAUAACAUUCAUCCGGAAACUCGUGUCGAAUUUAAUAUCCAGCCGGAAAAUUUUAUCAAUCAAAUGGAAUUUUAUGUCGAAUUUGAAAAGCUUGUCAGACUUUAUAGUUGCACCCAGCCGGAAGGUUUUCACACUAUUGCGGAUAUUCCUGAGGAUUUCCCCGUGGAAAAUUCGGGAGGUUAUAAUAAUGCUGCAGAUUUUCCAAAUCAGAGUUAUUAA